AAAAAUAAAUUCCCAACAUCAACACCUAUUUCUAGAAGGAAGGACUAAGGAGUGUAUAUCUACCUAUUCCACUUUUACGUACGUACUACUUACUUGGUAUUCCAACUACAUGUACAUAUAUAUAUACGUAUCGACAUAUAUACCCCUUGGCCUUGUACACACUGCGUAUGUACGUACGCGGUUAAGACUUUAAGACAAGAAAGGGAACAUAAACAUCCUAGCUAGUACUCCAGUAUAAUAAGCUGGAGAGAGAGAGAGAGAGAGAGAGAGAGAGAGACCAGAGAUGGCAGGCGGAGGGGAAGCAACAACACUAGAAUACACACCAACAUGGGUGGUGGCACUUGUGUGCACAGUCAUCGUCUCCAUCUCUCUGGCUGUUGAAAGGAUCCUCCACUAUCUUGGCAAGUACUUCAAGAAGAAAAAGCAGAAUCCUCUUUAUGAAGCCUUGCUCAAAAUCAAAGAAGAGUUGAUGUUGUUGGGGUUCAUAUCGCUGCUGCUGACAGUAUUCCAAGAUAGGAUUAACGAAAUAUGCAUGGCAAAGCAUUUGGCAGAUGAGUGGCUCCCUUGCAAGAAAAAGGAGGAGGCGCAAUCAUCAGAAUCCAGUACUGCUGCCCAUUUCCAGAUCACCGCCGCUCACCGCCACCUCCUCGCCGAGGCUUCUGGUGGUGCUGAUUUCUGCACCCAGAACGGGAAGGUCCCAUUGUUAUCUACCACAGCACUGCACCAUCUUCACAUCUUUAUCUUUGUGCUAGCUGUUGUGCAUGUCGCUUUUUGUGCUCUAACAAUACUCUUUGGAGGAGUAAAGAUACGUCAAUGGAAGCAUUGGGAAGAUUCUAUAUUGAAAGAGGAAUAUAAUCCAGAAGAAGCUCUGAAAAACAAGUUGAAGUUUACACAGGUCAAGGACCAUUCUUUUAUCAGGGGCCGUUUCUCAGGGCUUGGUAAAAAUUCAGCUUUGCUAGGGUGGUUGCAAUCAUUUUUCAAGCAAUUUUAUGGAUCUGUGACCAAAUCAGACUAUACCACUCUUCGACUAGGCUUCAUUAUGACACAUUGCAGAGGGAACCCAAAGUUUAAUUUCCACAAGUACAUGAUACGUGCCCUUGAAGCCGAUUUCAAGAAAGUCGUCGGUAUAAAUUGGUAUCUCUGGUUGUUUGUGGUUGUUUUCUUGUCGCUGAACGUUAAUGGUUGGCAUGCUUAUUUCUGGAUAGCUUUCAUUCCCUUGAUCCUUUUACUUUCUGUUGGGACUAAACUGGAACACGUUAUAAGUCAACUGGCACAUGAGGUUGCUGAGAAACAUGUAGCCUUAGAAGGGGACUUGGUGGUGAAACCUUCGGAUGAACACUUCUGGUUCCAUAGACCUCGCCUGGUCCUUUUAUUGAUUCAUAUCAUCCUAUUCCAGAAUUCAUUUGAGUUUGCUGUUUUCUUAUGGAUUUUGUACCAAUAUACUUUCGACUCCUGCAUAAUGGGGAAUGUUGGUUUUAUCAUCCCAAGACUUGUCAUUGGGAUAUUCGUCCAGUUCCUCUGCAGUUAUAGUACCCUACCACUCUAUGCAUUAGUCACACAGAUGGGAACUUCAUUCAAGAAGGCUAUAUUUGUAGAACCAGUUCUAGAGGGCAUUGAUGAUUGGGCACAGAGGGCACACAGGAAUAAGGGUUUAAGGAAAGCAACUAAUGGGUCUAGACAAGUGGGUCCCAAAGUGCCUUCUCCCGCAGCAAUUCAGAUGGUUCGAGUUGUUGAGGAGAAAGAAUCAGAAGUGGAAGAGGGCAAUACUAUAGCAGCAGGAGAAAUUAAGCCUGCUAGGUAGGGAGCAUCUCAUUUGGACAGAAAUGAGCAACCUCCCAUCACCUAUCAUCUCCUUGAAAUGUUUUUUGCACUUUAACUUGCGUAUAAUUUUGUCCUAAUAAUUUUACAUACGCUGCACGGAAAAUGGUUGGCAGCUGAGCAAGGCUACUUUGGUUUCCUGUAAAUUGUUCUGCGUUGACCCCAGUGGUUGUCUUUCUCUCGUCAGUGAUUUUCCUGCACACUCUCUUGUAUUUUUAAAAAAUCCCAUAUUUAACUCCCCUAGUGAUUCA